AUGGUGGAAAUCAUCAGUCACCAUGGAGGGAGUGGGCACCAUCACCGCCAUGGAAAUCAAGGACACCACCACCACCGGGUAGGUAAUGGCAGCCAGAACCAUCAGCACCAACAUUCAAGGACCAACAACUACAAGGGCAGUGCCCAUAACAAUGGAGGCAACCCAGGGCAGAACCGCACCACUGGCAGGGAUCUGAGCCAAGUGCAAUGCUCUAAGUGUCACAAGAUGGAGCACUACUCCAAUGAUUGUCCGGAGAAGUUCAAUGAGGCCGGAGCAAAGCCUAACCCAUUCCAGAAGGGCAAUGUGAACCACGUCAGCAUAGAGGAAAUCACGGAGGAGAAAGAAAUUGGAAAACACAACUUCUCCAUAGACCUGAUAGUGCUAGGAUCAAAAGGCUUGGAUGUCAUCCUAGGAAUGGAUUGGCUAGCCAAGUAUGAAAGACUAAUAGACCGUGUCAAGAGGACAAUUACACUCACAACUCUAGAGAAGAAGCGAAUCCGCUUCAAGUCAACCUAUGAGCUUGAGUUACCCAAGGUGAAUUCUCUUAAGGGGGUUAGCCUAGAGGAUGUACCGAUAGUGAAAGAAUAUCCGGAUGUAUUUCCAGAAGAAUUACCAGGCAUGCCACCGGACCGAGACGUGGAAUUUCUUAUUGAGUUAUUGCCCGGAAGUGGACCUAUAGCCAAGAGACCGUAUAAGAUGGCUGUAGAUGAAUUGAAGGAACUGAAGAAGCAACUUAUCGAUCUUCGAUCAGGUUACUUUCAGUUAAAGAUCCGAGAAGUUGACAUACCCAAGACAGCAUUUACCACUAGGUAUGGCCUGUAUGAGUACACAGUGAUGCCUUUUGGAUUAACUAAUGCCCCGGCAUACUUCAUGAAUAUGAUGAACAAGGUAUUCAUGGAAUAUUUGGAUAAUUUUGUCGUAGUAUUCAUCGACGACAUUUUGAUCUACUUGAAGAGCAAAGAAGAGCAUGAAGAACAUUUGCGUCUGAUCAUGGAAAAGCUCAGAGAGAACAAGCUUUAUGAAAAAUUCAGCAAGUGUGAAUUUUGGUUGUCCGAAGUAGGAUUCUUGGGACACAUUGUGUUAGGAAACGGAGUUGCCGUUGACCCCGCUAAAGUAGCAGCGGUGACUGAAUGGGAAGUCCCUAAGAACGUCAGAGAAGUUCGCAGCUUCUUAGGACUUGCUGGAUAUUACAGGAGGUUCAUAGAGAAUUUCUCCAAGAUAGCCAAACAUAUGACUGAGCUUUUUAAGAAAGAAAAGAAAUUUGAAUGGACUAAAAAAUGUGAAGAAAGUUUCCAGGAUUUGAAGAAGAAGCUAGUAUCAGCACCCAUCCUUGUUUUGCCCGACCUACUAGAAGAUUUCCAAGUGUACUGUGACGCCUCGCGUCUAGGUUUGGGAUGUGUUUUGAUGCAAGGAGGAAGAGUUGUAGCAUACGCCUCAAGACAACUUAAGAAUCAUGAGAGAAAUUACCCCACUCAUGAUUUGGAACUAGCAUCUGUGGUGCACGCACUCAAGACUUGGAGGCACCAUCUCAUGGGAAAGCAUUGUGAGUUAUUCACCGAUCACAAGAGCUUGAAGUACAUAUUCACCCAGAAGGAGUUGAACUUGAGACAAAGAAGAUGGUUAGAGUUAAUCAAAGAUUAUAAUUUGAAUCUUCAAUAUCAUCCAGGCAAGGCUAAUUCUCUAGGCACGAGACUAGAGUUUAGCACAGUGUUUCAUCCACAGACGGAUGGACAAACAGAAAGAGUGAACUAUGGAUCUAGCUGGGAUGAGAAUGUACCAUAUGCAGAGUUCUCAUACAACAACAAUUUUCAAGCGAGGAUUGGAAUGGCACCAUUUGAAGCUUUGUAUGGCAAGAAAUCCAGGACACCUUUGCUAUGGGAUGGUGUAGGAGACCGUAGUCUAUUCGGGCCCGACAUGAUAAAGGAUGCCGAAGAGAAAGUCAGGCUGAUUCGAGACAGGCUUAAGAUAGCUCAAUCCAGGCAAAAGAGUUAUGCAGAUUCCAAGCGAAGGGAGUUCACCCAUGAGCACGCCAAGGAGAGGUAG